AUGGGCUGCACCAGCUGUGUGCUCAGGACGGCCAGGGAGGAGGCCAUGGGCUCUGGACCUGGCUCAGGGACAAGGGGCUAUCCGAGUACAGAGGAGAGCACUGGCUCCAGGGGAUGCCCCUCAAGGCAGUGGCCGUGGGGCUGGGGUCUGCCAGGAACCUCUGGAGGCCCUGGACAGGGUUCCCUGCUCCCAGUUGGCCUCACGGUCAGUGUGACUGAAAUGGGAGAUGGGGACUCUGACCAGAUGGAGAUGACACCCUCGAGGCAGAUCCAGGACCAGGGAGCAGCCGUCAGAGCUGCGUUUCAUUCACUGAUCCACCUGGAGUUUGUUGUCUUAGACUUUGUGUUGGGACCUGUCCUGGUGUUAACUCAGGCCUCAGUGGAUUCCUGGUCCAGGGUGGAGAAGGUCAUGGGCAGCACAGCCCUGGACAGCGGAACUGAUGUUGUGGAUAAAGCCUGGGUGACCUCAGGCCUCACUCCACACUGCAGACAAGCAAACCUCACGGCGGUGGUGAGGAGCUUUCGGGUGGGCAGAACUGAGGUGGUCCGGAGCAGCCUGCAUCCCGUGUUCUCCAAAGUCUUCACCGUGGACUACUAUUUCGAGGAGGUGCAGAGGCUGCGCUUUGAGGUAUACGACACGCAUGGGCCCAGCGGCUUCAGCUGUCAGGAGGACGACUUCCUGGGGGGCAUGGAAUGCACCCUGGGGCAGAUUGUGGCCCAGAAGAAAGUGACCCGCCCGCUGCUGCUCAAGUUUGGCAGGAACGCCGGCAAGUCCACCAUCACGGUGAUCGCUGAGGACAUCUCGGGGAACAACGGCUACGUGGAGCUCUCCUUCCGGGCCAGGAAGCUGGAUGACAAGGACCUCUUCAGCAAGUCCGACCCCUUCCUGGAGCUCUUCCGGGUCAACGACGACCAGGGCUUGCAGCUGGUGUACAGGACGGAGGUGGUGAAGAACAACCUGAACCCCGUAUGGGAGCCCUUCAAAGUCUCGCUGAGCUCCCUCUGCAGCUGCGAGGAGACAAGGCCUCUGAAGUGCCUGGUCUGGGAUUACGACUCUCGAGGAAAACACGACUUCAUCGGAGAAUUUACUACCACCUUCGAGGAGAUGCAGAAGGUCUUCAGGGAGGGGCAGGCCCAGUGGGACUGUGUGAAUCCCAAAUACAAGCAGAAGAGACGCAGUUACAAGAACUCGGGGGCCGUCGUCCUGGCUGACCUGAAGUUCCACAGGGUGUACUCCUUCCUGGACUACAUCAUGGGCGGCUGCCAGAUCCACUUCACCGUGGCCAUUGACUUCACCGCCUCCAACGGAGACCCGCGGAACAGCUGCUCCCUGCAUUACAUCAACCCUUACCAGCCCAAUGAGUACCUGAAGGCGCUGGUGUCGGUGGGCGAGAUCUGCCAGGACUAUGACAGCGACAAGAGGUUUUCUGCGUUGGGGUUUGGAGCCCGGAUCCCGCCCAAGUAUGAGGUGUCCCAUGACUUUGCCAUCAAUUUCAACCCUGAGGAUGAUGAGUGUGAAGGCAUCCAGGGCGUGGUGGAGGCCUACCAGAACUGUCUGCCCAGGGUCCAGCUCUACGGCCCCACCAACGUGGCGCCCAUCAUCUCCAAGGUGGCACGCGUGGCGGCGGCCGAGGAACGCACUGGGGAAGCCUCUCAAUACUACAUCCUGCUGAUCCUGACGGACGGCGUGGUGACCGACAUGGCCGACACGCGGGAGGCCAUUGUGCGCGCCUCACGCCUGCCCAUGUCCAUCAUCAUCGUGGGCGUGGGCAACGCCGACUUCACCGACAUGCAGGUCCUGGACGGCGAUGACGGCGUCCUGCGCUCCCCACGGGGUGAGCCCGCGCUCCGGGACAUCGUCCAGUUUGUGCCCUUUCGGGAGCUGAAAAACGCGUCCCCUGCAGCGCUGGCCAAGUGCGUGCUGGCCGAGGUCCCGAAGCAGGUGGUGGAGUACUACAGCCACAGAGGUCUGGCCCCGAGAGGCCUGGACGUCCCUGCCGGAGAGGCCAGCCCAGGCUACACCCCGUGAAGACGUGGAGGGCAUGGGGAGGGGCAGUGAGCAGUGGGUCCGUGGAGCCUCGGUCUCCAGCACCUUUGGGGUCUCUUAAGCGCCCUCCGACCUCCCAGAAGCCUCCAGUCCCCGCCAGGCCCCACUCCCAGUCCUCCUGGGAUCCUGCUGGCUUGGGCCCGGGUCUGGGGCCCCCGAGGCCGAAGGGUGAUAAAAUACAGGCCUCCAUGCCUGGCCCUGCCUGAGCCAGGUGGCUGGAGGGAGAUCGUGAAGGAUUUGGAGGGGCCUGGGAGCUCAUCCAGGGGAGACCCUGCCCCGACGAGAAGGGGCACGGACUGGGGGCUCUGCUUUGCAUCUAAUCUUUGUGGGGGAGGGCCAGCAAGGCAGCACCCCAGCCCCCGAGAAAGCCCAGGGUGCCCAGACACC